GGCUUCCUUCGCUCUGCUCUCUCGGUGCGGAAGUGUUGUCCUCCAGAGCAGAGCAGCAGGAACAGCAGCUGCAGAGCCGGAGCUACGCUAGUUCAGUAGCGGGGUUCCUUGCGUCCGUGUCUCUCCUGCCAGGACUUGUCAACGCUCACCUGGACCGUGCAGGAUAGCAGUAUUAUGCGAGCACCGUCCGGAGUGUGGGAGCACCGUGUGAAGUGAGUUUCCUUGAAUCAUCUAUAUGGGCCAUCUUCUCUCGAAAAAUGGUUACCGCCUGAAGAAGAGGACACGCAAAUUGCAUCACAGGAAGAAGAAGAAGAGGAACUGUUUCCUGCACGGGCCUUGUAUGCUGUGCUUCAUUGUCCACAGCAACAGCAGCAGUCUCGACGACGACAACAACCAUUUGGAGGCCGUAGUCAACGGCAGCGGGUGCCGGCACAACAGCAUCACCGGAAUCAGUGUCCCUGGUGUGGGUGGAGUUGGCAUUGGAGCAGUAGCUGCCUCGAAGUUUGCUGAGCGAUACACAACACUCGCAUCUCCGGGGGACUGCUCCAAGUUCCUGUUGUCACCGAGGGAACUAUCUAUCUGGGAGGGCCAGGGGAGGAGCCUAUUGUCAGCUGUUCCUGCCAAACUGAUUCCACCACCAGCGCUGUUUCGAUCCACUGGGGUGUCUGUGACCGUACCCAUACCUGUGCCUGUUCCUGGCUGCACCAGCGACUACACUGAGAUGGUGUGUAAGAGGAAGUGCUCAGAGGUGCAGAGGUGCACCCCCUGUAAGCAGCCGCGCUGUGCCUUCGCUGCCCCCGACGGAGGUGUGGAGAAUGGAGGAGUGGGAGGAGGCGGAGGAGAGGCUGCCCAGAACUCUGAAACUGGCCACUGCCACCUUCCCCUCUGUCCGCUUCCCUCAUCCUCCUCCUCUUCUUCCUCUGCCUCCUCCUCCUCCUCCUCCUCCUCCUCCUCACCUGCUGAUGGCUGCUGUGGGUUGGGUCUUCAUGCUGAUUUGCCCCACAGUUCAGACUCGUCCCCCUGCUGCCUACAUCAUUAUGAGGAGUGCCAGGCGAGAAGUUCAGACGCUGCUGAUAACUUAAGUAUCAACCAUCUGCCUUCCUCCAUUCUUCUUAAGGUGCUCUCACACUUGACAGUGAAGGAGCGCUGUCUCUGUGCCUCCCUGGUUUGUAAGUACUGGAGGGACCUCUGCUUGGACUUCCAGUUUUGGAAGCAAAUUGACCUCAGUGGCCUACAACAAGUAAACGAUGAUCUGCUGGUGAAAAUAGCUUCUCGGAGGCAGAAUGUGACGGAGAUUAACAUCUCGGAUUGCAGAGGGGUCCACGACCAUGGCGUGUCCUCCCUGGCCUCGCACUGUCCAGGCCUGCAGAAGUACACAGCAUACCGCUGCAAGCAGCUGGGUGACACGUCGCUGUCGGCCUUGGCUACACACUGCCCUCUGCUGGUGAAGGUGCAUGUGGGCAACCAGGACAAACUAACUGACGAAGCACUAAAAAAACUGGGAGAGCACUGCAAUGAGCUGAAGGACAUCCACUUGGGUCAGUGCUACAGUAUCACGGAUGAAGGCAUGGUGGCCUUGGCUAGAGGAUGCCCUAAACUGCAGAGACUCUACUUGCAAGAGAACAAACUGGUCACUGAUCGGUCUGUGCAGGCUGUUGCAGAGCACUGUCCUGAGCUGCAGUUUGUUGGCUUCAUGGGAUGCCCUGUGACCUCUCAAGGAGUCAUUCAUCUUACUGCGCUACGUAACCUGAGUGUCCUGGACUUGCGGCACAUCUCAGAGCUCAACAACGAGACGGUGAUGGAGGUGGUGAGGAAAUGUCGCAACCUCAGCUCCCUCAACCUCUGCCUCAACUGGAGCAUCAACGACAGGUUUGUCAAGGAAAGCAUGCAACUACGUAACCUGAGUGUCCUGGACUUGCGGCACAUCUCAGAGCUCAACAACGAGACGGUGAUGGAGGUGGUGAGGAAAUGUCGCAACCUCAGCUCCCUCAACCUCUGCCUCAACUGGAGCAUCAACGACAGGUGUGUGGAAAUCAUCGCCAAGGAGGGGAGAAGUCUGAAGGAGCUGUAUCUUGUGUCUUGUAAAAUCACAGACCAUGCUCUGAUAGCCAUAGGCCAGUACAGCAGUACCAUAGAGACUGUGGAUGCUGGCUGGUGUAAGGAUAUUACAGACCAGGGAGCCACACAGAUCGCUCAGAGCAGCAAGUCCCUCCGCUACCUGGGCCUCAUGAGAUGUGACAAGGUGAACGAGGAGACGGUGGAGAGGCUGGUGGUCCAGUACCCUCACAUUGUGUUCAGCACAGUGAUGCAGGACUGCAAGAGAACCCUGGAGAGAGCUUAUCAAAUGGGCUGGAGCCCCAACACAUCGAACACCUCGUAGCUACUGCUGGAUCACACACGCACACACGCACACACACACACACACACACACACGCGCACACACACACACACACAGCUACACAGAGUCCUUUUUUUAUGUACAGACACACACAAUAUUUGCAGCUCAAUCAUGUUUGCUUCUCAUCCACUGUUAAAACAUGCAUGUGAACAUGUAGCUGCACACUCACAGACAGAGGUCCAGUCCAUCAAAUGGGUCGUUUGAAGCAAAUUAAAAAUUUAAGUAAAAUGUGGGCCUCCCAGUGUUGUAUAAUCAAACCAGAUGUUAUACACCUACCAAUCAAAGGUUGCAGUCCUCAUUAUCAUUGGCUACAAGUCAGAUUACAUCCAACAAUAUAAUGUACUCUCUUUGACCAGAACCUUGAGUGACUAGUUUGUUUUGGUGCAAAGCAGUCCACUAACAGGUGUUAUUUGAUUUUUACAAUAAAAGAGUGUUACACAGCUUUUAGAGUAUUAAGCCUCAUACAUUUUAAGUUCUCCGCGUCACACUGGAUGGAGAGGAGGUAAAAAUGCAUGAGGAGGGUGCGGUCUGGUCUUGAGCACGUGAAAAAGAUCCAAACAAAAAACACGUCAUUAAAACAAAGGACAUUCAGUGAGGUUCUGAAUAGAAUUAUUUUGAAUGAAAAUAGAUUAAUAAAGGUUUGUUGCCCCAACUGGAACCGUUGUUCCAGAGCACUGUGCCCAUGUCAGUCCACUGAGGUGUUUACUUCCUCCAAACUGGACUCAACUGCUUCAGUGAGAUCGCACAAGACACAGCAGAGACUUGGAGAUCUAGAGGCAACAUCUGACCACUUCGGUCCAGAAAACAACUGAACCGCCAAGGCCUCCGACCUCAUUUUUUAGAAAUUUGUGAUGUCUAUUUUGUCCAAUUACAACUUUAAUUGUUUCUUGGAUGUUCAGUACAGUGUUAAAAGGCAUUUUUAGACUCAUAUACAUUGAGAUGGUUGACUAGGCUACAUUUGAAGGACAUAGCUUUUUGCUGUGACUCAAUAUGCACAUUGUCGUGGUACAGAAGAAAGAUUCAGGCCAGAAUCAGUCAAAACUCUGGCAGAUUUAGGACAGGAAAACAGCACUGAUUAUAUUCUAAAAGUGCAUGUUUACAUUGAGAACCUUACCUUAUUUUUUCAGCUGGACAUGGAGUACUUAUGAUGUGAAGAUGAAAUUAACAUCAGUAUGACUUGGGAUCCGUGCUGCUUUUAUUGCGAUACAUAGAUUUACCGUUGACAAAGCAUCACCUUGAGUCAUUACAGAAAGAAUUAAACAAUGCUUGAAAUAGAAGUUGCCUUCACCCAAAGAUCCUGGGUCAUGUUAACAGAAUAUAAACCAUAACCACUUUGAUGACAGGUAAGAGGAAAUGUUGCCUUAAGUGGUUAGUAAUUGCCAUCCCAUUAGUAACCUGUAAUCGACCCAGAAUUUAUUUGAUCUGAUACAGUAUAUACAUAUAUAUAAAUAAAUACUGUGUAUGAUUUACUUAGCCUAAUAUUGGUUUUGAGCAUUUACUUGUAACAUUAGCUAUGUAGCAAUACAAUGAGGGAUUUAUCUUUCUUAGUGGUGUAGGAUGUAAAUAAAAAAACUGGCUUGGGCCAAUAACCGGGGCCAGUAGAAGUUGGUAGGUGAGACUUGAUCAUUUUUCAUCUAUUCUAUUCAGACUCAUUAAUGUACAGUUAAAACUGCAAACAACCAGGGUAUUUUUCUAUGGUGUGAACCGGUUCUGGGCUCAGUCUCUACACACUGUCACUCAGAUAUGAACAACAGCCUACUGAGCUUUGGGUUUGAGUAGAACUGUAAACUUUCUACAGCAUAUAGAGACUUUUAAAAACCAUUAAAAUAGACAAUUAAAAACACCUUCAUUUUACCCUUGUCAGAAUUUGUAGACUUUAACCGAUGGAGAGUUUCUUCCUCUGCCUAAUUUUGUUCUGUUUCUGUUCUUUUGUAAUCCCCAUAUGCACUUUCUUCUCUGCUAGAUGUUGACACACUUGAUUCCUGAUUUGUUAAGGCAACCGUAAAUGACUGGAUUUACAUAAAGAUGAAUAAAACACUACUACUUCAAGCUUUUUUCUCUUUAUCUUUUGUAUGUGUGGAAUUGAGGCAGGAGAAAAGUAUAUUCAGAAUGACAGUAGCAUACCUUUCCACUCAUUUUACAUCAUCUGUGGACUACUUAAGCAUUUUUUUCCAGCAGAUUUUUCCAGACUUUUUAUUACAUCAAUUAAAUUUCAACAGUCCAUAAUGACUGUAAUGGUUGACAUGGUAAAAUUAAAAUCUAACACAGAUUGCAUCUGUAUUCUCAGGUAAAAUGCAAAUAAGGAUACCAGCACGUUUUCCAUCACAGCCAAAGGCCUUU